CGCCGAAGCAGCAGCAGAGAAGAAGGGAAAAUGUCGCUGGCUUGAACCCGGACCGUUCUAGGAUCAGCUCCGCUUUUGGUGGGGGGGAAAAAAAAAAAAUCGACGGUAAAUCGAAUAAAACUGCAGAUGUGUUGCCAUGAGGAGUUAAAGGACCAGUAGCAAUGAGAAAAACUGCAACAGCUUUAACGUAGGGGGUUUUAUUCUCAGCUAGAGUCAAAAGAACCGACUWAUCGGCCACUUUUAGUUAAAUUAGUUAAAACUCACUAUUUGAGAUAGAGUAAUACAGUACAUGCAGGACAGAGAGAGAACCAAAACUAGUAGUUCUAGAGCUUCUUUCAUUAUUUCUGCCAGGACGACAACAUUUMAGCAAAGACAUGGACCCGUCUGGUAGGGUAGUGGGUUUGGACGGCCAGGGGAACAUGGUUUUCACGGUGGUAAAGCCAYUGAUGAGCAUUUUCCAGGUGUCUUCGGAGCAAGGCAACAGCAUAUCAGCAGGAGGCAUGGGGAUGCAGGGUUUAUCUGAAAACGCUUUAGUCCCUUCUCAGGCGCAGGGUCAGGCCCUGUUAGACCAGAACCAGGUUGAAAUGCUCGACAUUCAGCAUCAGAUGCAGGGUUCUGCCCCACUCCAGACGGAGAACGUGCCCCAGCAUCAGGAGCUGCCUCCGGACCUGAGCGCAAACUCCGAACCUGCCACCGAGAUGCCGUUUGCCGAGGUGUCGUCUCUCCUGGAUCCCAACAUGAAAGGAUCCAAGGCUCGGAAGUAUCUCAUCUCAUAUGAUGAAAUUAAGCGGCGCCUGCAGGCCCCAGAGAAGAUGUCCCUCCGGUCCCUGGCAGCKUACACGCGGGUCAGCCGAGGCCCAGCCAGCAAGAAAACCCUUCUGGAGUCGCUGAAUGUCCUUGGCCUCACGCCAAGCACAACUACCUCCGUAUCCUCCUCGUUCUCCAAACUCACUGAAGGCGACACCAGAGCUCUGUGUGAGGAUAUGAAUGAUUUUGCACAUGAUUACAUUGACUACGGCAACAUGGCGAAACAGCUCAUCCCUGAGACAAAUACGGUUCAACACUGGUCCAAAAUUAUAGAAACUAAGAACCAUCUUGAAGAUAUGCGGAAAUGUUUCAAGGACCCGGUCAACAGCGGCGCCUUUGACAAUGUCACUCACGGUCUCGGCCUCGGGAUGCUGGACGUAGCUCUGGACAUGGUCAUUAUGGUGAUCGAACAGCAGAUUCGCAUCCUGUCCGGGGCGGCAGCAUCGGACCCGGCCGACUCGGGUCUUCCGAUGCGUCGCAUCCGCAGGCGCCACCGCAAAAUGCACCCUUGUGACGGCGACAAGUCCCACAAGUUGUCUGGCGGGGCGAAGGAGCCAGGCAAGAUCUUAAUUAAAAGCAAGGAGCGCGCCAGAGCCAAGAAGAAGACAGGGCAGGAGACUGGAUUCUCUGGUCCCGCCGAGACCCAAACAGAGCAGGGCCAACCUGAUAACAUGGAGAAUAAUGUCCUCACUCUUGUCUCUGUGGGGUACGAGGCYGUUUCUAGUGGUCUGGGCGCAGAUGGAACGGUUUGACGUCUGCUCAGAUWCCCAGCGAUGCAGCACCAGCUCUGCUUUGAUUGUUUUUAGGAGAUAAAAACAGUGAUUCAUCACAUUGUCAUGUCUAGGAGUUAAAAAUUAAAGCAAUAACCUUUUUCA